AAAGGAGAGGCAAGAGACACAACGCCAAUCAACAAAAUCGCGCUCGUCUGCAUCUCUUCUUUCUAUGUUACUUACGACACAUCGCGUGCCAUUGGCAAAGAACUGGCAAUUGCAAUGGAUUCCAUGACAGGGGAUCAAAUUCAGGCUCUCGCCAAUGAGCUGCCGCCACUGACGCCCAAAGGCUUGGGAUCUGCUGUGGAAGUUGUUGCCUGCUUGUUCGGUGCCAUCAGUCUCCUCGCCGUAUCACUUCGAAUAUAUGUUCGCUCAGGCUGUUCGGUCGCAUCUUCUAGACACUGGGGCAUUGAGGACUACCUAGUGUUAGCUGGUAUUCUACCCUUCAUUCCCGCCGUUGCCUUUGCUGUCCUGGCUGCUCGCUAUGGUGUUGGGAGCCAUGACGUCGACAUCCCCUCGCCGUUGUAUCUGAUCCGCGCGUCCGAAUAUCAAACCUACUGGGAGGUCUUGUACUUCAUCUCGUCAACGAUUAUCAAAUGCGCCAUUGGAUUCACCUGUGUUCGUGUGGAUACAAGGAAGCGAGUCACCAUCCCAUUAUACGUCAACAUGGCCACCAUGGUCAUUGUGGCCAUCCUUGCUCUGACCUUUGUCUUUGCAAACUGUGUUCCUGUUGCGGCAACAUGGAACCCAGCAUUGGGAACCUGCCAGGACAAGAUCAGCUUGCAGACUGUCAGUUAUAUCGUUUCUGUUAUCCAAAUGGUGACGGAUUGGGCAUGCGCUAUUAUCCCCUUCUUCAUUGUCGCCGGGCUACAAAUGUCGAGAAGAAGAAAGGUGUCUGUCAUUGCGAUUCUUGGGAUUGGUGUCACCGCAAGUAUCGCCACUUGCAUCCGUAUGCCCUUCCUGAAGUACUACGACACGAAAAAAUACCCCACUGAGAUAGGCUAUCAUCUCGGUGUCAUCAGCAUUACGUCAAACCUCGAGUGCAGCCUGGGUAUUAUCGCAUGCUCUUUGCCCCCCCUCAGGAAGCUGUUCAAAUUCUACUACGGCAAUUCUUCUCGCGACGCUCAGUAUAAGUAUACCCGAGAGAGCGAAAAUGCGCUGGGAUCUUCCGGUCCAGGGAUCAGACUCGAUUCGAUCAACAAGCACGAUCGACCUUUCCAUUCGGCAAAAGUCACCGCGUCAGGCUUUAGGGAGCUUGAGACGGAUGAUGAUGGCUCUAGCCGCAAGGGGAUCGUACGAAAGACGGACAUCUACGUCUCAUAG